AUGAGAGGAACUACAGAUUCACCUUCCAUCGCCAAGAUGAGAGGAACUACAGAUUUACCUUCCAUCGCCAAGAUGAAUGGAAAUACAGAUUCUUCUUCCAUCGCCAAGAUGAGGGGAACUGCACAUUCACCUUCCAUCGCCAUGAUGAGAGGAACUACAGAUUCACCUUCCAUCGCCAAGAUGAGGGGAACUACAGAUUCACCUUCCAUCGCCAAGAUGAGAGGAAGUACUGAUUCACCUUCCAUCGCCAAGAUGAGAGGAACUACAGAAUCACCUUCCAUUGCCAAGAUGAGAGGAAGUACAGAUUCACCUUCCAUCUCCAAGAUGAGAGGAACUACAGAUUCACCUUCCAUUGCCAAGAUGAGAGGAACUACACAUUCACCUUCCAUCUCCAAGAUGAGAGGAACUAGAUUCACCUUCCAUCUCCAAGAUGAGAGGAACUAG